AUGACAGCACCGGCGACCGGCAUCGAUCUGGUCACGACCUAUUCCCGCAUCAAAGUAUAUUAUCCCAAGGUGGAGAUUAACGAUCAAGGAAAUCCAUUACGAACUACGUUCUACAGUAUUUCACCAUUGUUAGAACAAGGGAAAAAGGGAAUCACCGGAACUACCGGUGAAGUCGCAAAAAUCCGAUUGCAAUAUAAAGAGGGAAGCGAAAUCUUUCUUCCCCGCGAAGAGAUCUCCUCGAUGAUUUUGACCAGGAUGAAGGAAGCUUGCUUGGACACGACCAUCACGAACGCUGUGAUCACAGUACCGGUGUACUUGAACGACUCUCAACGUCAAGCUACGAAGGACACGGACACUAUCACCGCUUUGAACGUCCUGAGGAUCAUUAACGAGCCGACCGCAGCCGCCAUCGCUUACGGACUCGACAAAAAGGAUCGUGAUGGUGAAAGGAACAUUCUGAUCUUCAAUCUCGGCGGUGGUGCUUUCGAUGUAUCGAUACUACUUGACGACGGCAUAUUUAAAGUGUUUACUGCGUGUCUAGCUCGGACGUAG